AAGGGAAGAUAAUGGAGAAGUAUUUGAUAAAGAAAUCAGCAAAUGCCAACACCACCACCCAGCCCCAGGGGGCUAUCACCAGCAACAAUUCAAGUGGCAGUAGUAAUGCAUCAAGACCUGCAGCAAAACAUAAUUCUGCUGUGCCUGAACUAGUUGAUUUGAAUAAGCUCCCUCGCGAUCCAGCUAAAAGGAAGCGAAUGGCAGAUUAUCACCCCAACCAAUGUGAUGAGAUAAGAAGGAAGUAUUUGAUUUGGGGACCUAAUCAGCCCCGCAAGUUGGAAUUUCCAUACAGGGAGAUUGGGAAGAAGAAAAAGAAGAGGAGAUUCAAUCCGGAUUGGUAUGAUGAUUAUACUUAUUGGCUAGAGUACAGUGAGAAGGAGCACAAAGCCUAUUGCUUACGCUGCUAUUUGUUUAGGGACAACAUUAAAGACAGCCACCAUGGGCAUGAUGCAUUUAUAGUAGAAGGUUUCAACUGUUGGAACAAGACAGAGAGAUUUGUAACUCACGUCGGUGAUCGUAACAGCUUUCACAACAGAGCACUCAAGGAUUGUGAGGAUCUAUUAAAGCAGGGACAACCUUUCCGUGGCCAUGAUGAAUCUAAAGAUUCUGAAAAUAAAGGAAAUUACCUUGAGUUGAUGGACUACACUAUUAAGCAAAAUGAUGUUGUUGCUAAGUCAUUCAAGAAUGCUUCAAAUAAUAAUCAAAUGUUGUCUCCCAAAAUUCAGAGAGAUAUUACCGAGUGCUUUGCAAAAGAAGUACUAGGGCAUGUGAUGAAAGAAAUUGGUAAUGGUGUGUUCAGCUUAUUAGUUGAUGAGUGUAGGGAUGUUUCCGACAAAGAACAAAUGGCGGUUGUUCUCCGAUAUCUUGAUAAGUGUGGAGUGGUCCAAGAGAAGUUUGUUGGUGUUGUUCAUGUGGAGGAGACAACAGCUUCUUAUCUCAAGUCUUGCAUAGAUUUAUUAUUUUCACAACUUGGGCUGAAUCUUGAACAAGUUAGAGGCCAAGAUUACGAUGGAGCAAGUAAUAUGUCUGGUGAGUUUAAUGGUUUGCAAGCUAAAAUUAUGAAUGAGAACAAAUCAGCAUAUUAUGUACAUUGUUUUGCUCAUAAACUCAACUUGGUUGUUGUGGCUAUUGCAAAGAAGAUAUUCGAGGUCGGAUAUUUCUUUGAUAUGGUUUCAGUUUUGCUGAAUGUCGUGGGCGCGUCUUGCAAGAGAAAAGACCAACUUCGUGAGCAUCACCAAGAAGAAGUGAGAAAAGCAAUAGGAUGUGGAGAGAUUGCUACGGGGACUGGACUGAAUCAAGAAUUAUCUCUUCAAAGACCAGGUGACACUCGAUGGAACUCCCAAUAUAAAACACUGUUGGGUUUGUCCAAGAUGUUCUCAUCUGUGGUCAAAGUACUAGAAUAUGUCGAGAAAGAUGGCACAGAUACCGGAAAGAGGCGGCAAGCUAGAGGUCUUCUAAAAUAUUUCCAGACCUUUGAUUCUGCAUUUUUCUUACACAUGAUGAUGAUGAUAUUAGCUUUAACAAAUGGGCUGUCAAAAACCUUACAGAGAAAGAAUAAAGACAUUGUAAAUGCUAUUUCAGAUGUGGAAUCAACAAAACGAGAGUUAGAAAAACUCAGAACCAAUGAGGGGUGGGAUUCCCUUAUGAAGAAGGUAUGUUGUUUUUGUGAGAAGCAUGACAUUCCAGUGCUUGACAUGGAAGAUGCCUAUGUUAACCCAAAGAAGCCACGACAAAAGACUGGCAUUAGCAAUGAACAUUAUUAUCGUGUUGACUCUUUCUUUGCUGUGCUCGAUCUGUUAGGAGAAGAGUUUAAUGACAGAUUUAAUGAGGUAAAUUCUGAGUUGCUUCUAUGCAUGUCUGCUUUGAGCCCAAGUGAUUUAUUUUGUCAUUUUGACAAGGAGAAGUUACUGAAAUUAGCAAAGUUUUAUCCUGAUGACUUCAAUCACAAAGAUAUGGUGACUCUUGAGCAUGAACUUGGACUCUAUAUAGAUAAUAUACUCCAUGAUACAAGGUUUUCUAGCUUGGACAGAAUAAGUGACUUGGCUAAACUGAUGGUGGAUAGUAGGAAGAAUCUCUCAUAUCCUUUGGUAUAUCGGCUUUUGAAGCUAGCUCUAACUCUGCCUGUUGCCACUGCCACUGUCGAGAGAUGUUUUUCAGCGAUGAAGAUUGUGAAGAAUGCUUUGCGUAACAAAAUUGGUGAUGAUUAUUUGAGCCAUAGCCUAAUUUGCUUCGUGGAGAAGGAGCUGCUGGACACAAUUACCAAUGAAGUGAUUGUUGAUUGUUUCCAUAAGAUGAAAGAUUGUCGUGGGAGAAAUGAAACGUAAUGGUCUAAUACCUUCCACCCUUUUUAUAUUUACCAUCUCCAUAGUAUUCAAAUGCAUUGUCCUAAUCUGUGUUUUCUCUUCACAGGUAAUGCCAUUUGUCUUGGAGACAAAUAUUACCUUUUGCCACCUAUGAAAUCAUUGGGAUAUAAAGCCUUCUUGUAAGAUUUCUUCAGUUUAGUGCCAAACCUAUCAUGUUACUACUAGAUGAU